CCCUUUAUUUGAGUGACAGGUUGUUUGUUUCACUGUUACCAGCUGCUGGCCCAUUCCAAUCCUUGUCGGAGUGGAAACACGGGGGCCGACAGUCCUCUUUUUUUCUCCCUUCCCGUUUACCUCGUUGUGCUUUCUUUUAUUUCACCCCGCUUUACUCUCUUUCUCUCUUUACCCCGGCAGACAACUUUUCCUUUUCUCUCCGCUCCUUUCCGCUCUGUUUGAAGGUUUUAAAGCCCCGUCCAUAAGCUCUAGUUAUUUAUUUAUUUAUUCUUUCUUGUUUUAUCAAAACGGAAUAGGCAGUUAUAUCUUUUUUUUAGAUGUACCACAAAUGAGAAGACGCAAAAGAUGGAGCUGCACAUUUUAGAGCACAGUUUAAAAGUAGCAAGUAUAGCGAAAGAGGGCAUCCAGGUUUGCACUCAUGGAUUAAUCAAACUAGCUUUUCUGCCAUCUAAAACAAGAUGUAAGUUCUUUAGUUUAACUGAAACUCCAGAGGAUUACACCAUUAUCGUGGAUGAAGAUGGCUUUAAAGAGCUGCCGGAGUCUGAGUAUCUCAGUGUUGCCGAUGCAACGUGGUUGGCUCUUAAUGUGGUGUCCGGGGGCGGAAGUGCUACCAGCUCUCAACCAAUCGGAGUAACAAAAAUCGCAAAAUCAGUCAUCGCCCCACUGGCAGACCAUAAUAUCUCAGUGUUCAUGCUGUCUACAUACCAGACUGAUUUUAUAUUGGUUCGAGAGCGGGAUCUGCCCAUGGUCAUGCACACGCUGUCUUCAGAAUUCACUCUCCUGAGGGUUGUCAACGGAGAAACAGUUGCUGUCAACAGUACCGGGGUCACCAAUGGUUUUGUCAAGCCUGAACUGGUUCCUCGUCCGAUCAUUCAUCCACUCUCCAGCCCCAGUAACAUGUUCUGCGUUACCAGCCUGGACCCCGACACGCUGCCCUCGGUGGCCACACUGCUCAUGGACGUCAUGUUCUACUCUGGAGGAGCAAAAGAGACUGGGGGGCAGAGUGAGGAUUCUGGACACAUUCGCUUUUUCUCCUUCUCGCUGAUCGAGGGCUACAUCUCUCUAGUUAUGGAUGAGCAAACCACUCGGAGGUUUCCAAACAAUGUCCUCUUCACUAGUGCUUCAGGAGAGCUUUGGAAAAUGGUCCGCAUCGGAGGACAACCCUUAGGGUUUGAUGAAUGUGGCAUUGUGGCUCAGAUAUCUGAACCGCUGGCGACCGCUGACAUUCCAGCCUACUAUAUCAGUACCUUCAAGUUCGAUCACGCUCUGGUGCCUGAGGAGAACAUCCAGAGUGUGAUCGGAGCCUUGAGGACCAAUGAGAGCACAGGACAAUGAGACUCUACGAUUGCCUAGGCGUCCCGCGUCCCAGAAAACAUUUCGAUUUCUUAUGUCAAACUCUUAAAAGUGCCAAGAGCUUACUUGAGGACUGCUUCUGGGAGGAGGAUCUGACAGAAGGGGAAUGAAUAAGUGUGGGGGGGGGCUCUAAUCUUGCAGUCAGUAUUAGAAGCAACAGCAUCACUUCCUGUCCAUUUCUUGCAAAAAAGAAAACCCUUAUCCCCACCCAACUCUACAGGGAGCCUGCAGUGGUGUGGAACCAGUGUUUUUCUUCUGUUCUCUUCUUUCUCCCCCACCCCUCUUCCUCUUAUCCACUCGUCCUCCGCACAUCAUUUUACCAUGGCAACAGCGCCUGGACUUUCGCUACCAAUUCUUAAGACAUUGCAAAUAACCAUUAUGUAUUAGUGGCAGGUCCUCCUCCUUGAGGACACAGAAUGUACUCCAAUGUUUCUUGAGAUUUUUUUUUUUUACUUUUUCCUGCCCCACUUUUUGUUUUCCUUUGCAGUGCCAAGACAUGGGGCAUAAACAGGCUCCUUGUCUAAAAACGUGAUGUUUUUGGGAUGCAAUUUGAUGGUUCAGGGUUGUUUUUGUUUUUAUUUCGGCAACAUGGUCCAGUCACAAGUUCAGUCUUUGAAAGAAGCUUUUCACGUUUUUGUUUAGAGCUUUUGUUUCUUUCCCCUCACCUUAAUCCUAGAUUCAUUUUCAAUGCCAAGAGGCUGGGUAAUGAAUUAGUUGUUGUUGUUGUUGUUUUUGCCUUUAGAGUACAAUCAAUGGUUUUUCUGUCCACUCGAGCCGAGUUAGCAGUGAAAGGAGUUACACAGAGAUUGGAAUCAAGGAUUCAGGUGAGGUGAAACCAUUUUUGUUCACACACACUUGUUAAGGGUAUAUACACAGACACGUACAUGAAUCGUGCAGUUUACUGUAUUUUGAUUUUAAAAUCGUUCCAAUGAGGACGUCGCUUUUUAUUACCGCCCUAGAGCCGUCACACGUUUGUGAUCGGAUGAAAUGUCUCUAGUCUUCACCACUACUCGCUCUUUCGAAUGUUUUGCAAAGCUGUCUCUUCAUUCACAGAGGAACUGUUAGGGGAAACCUGUCAUUUGUUGAAUGUUAGUUAAGGUCAGCUGUCGCAGACACUGAUGUUAGUUUAGGCCUACAAGCUCCCCUUGUCUGCACUUUAUUAAGGUCUAUCUUACAGAUCUUACUCUUCUGAUGUGAAAUACCGGGGAUGAGUUAUCAUCCCCUAUGAAGGAGUCUCUCUUUGAAGGGGUCACUUGUUGCUCUUUACACUAGUAUUGGUGUCUUUUUUCCGCAAGCUUUUCUUCUAUCAGCUUCUUAGCAGAAAUUUGCAGAAACCAUAUAUUUUUCAGUGUUAAGAAGGGGUGACCUGUUUGUUCAAUAUAUUUUUGAGCUUCGAUUUGAUUUUCAAUUAACUUUUUUUUUUUUAACUGUCUGAACCAUGUUUUCUUGAGCGUACAGUGGGGGUUUACACCAUGUGACUGCUAGACCAUGUGCCAAUUUGUUAUCUAGACAAGUUUAUGAAGAUAUUUAGUCAUAUUUGUGAUUUACAAAUGAUUUCUGUGGGAUGAUAUUUGAUGAAGCUACUUCUAACUACCCAUACAAAUGAUUGAUUUGGACAAAUUGUUGAUUAAACCAGCUUAGACACCAGAAAA